AUGCUCGCGCUGCUUUUUCUGCUGCUAGCAGCACUGCCCAUGUCGCAAUCGCAGGGCUUCAUGCCCGUGCAUGGAGGGGUGGACGUCAUCGGCACAGCCACGCUGCAUGCGGCGACCACAAACAGCUUCGAUGCCAGCACGCAGGCCUGGACGGUGAGCAUCGUCCCAGACCAACCCGGGGCCAACUUUGCCCUUUUCCUGCUAGAUCAGAGGGGUGCGACGGGCCCGAGCUACAACUUCCUCACGGAUGUAGCGCCCUGGUGUGCACCGGUGGAGGGAUGGUGUUGCAUCGAGGAAUUCCUCUUGACGACUGCAUACAUGAACAGCGCCCUGCAGCUGUCGACGGCUGGUAUACCCAGCUGCGCAAGGAACAGCAGCGAAUACGGCGCGGUCGUGCGGCACCUGCGCAACUUCGGUGAUAUCGCGGCAUCCGAGGGGGUGAGAUACAACUACAGCAGCUUCACACUGACGCUUUCGCACACCGUAGCUCAGAAGUACGGGGCGGAGAGCCUGGACGAGUACGGGAAUUACCUCAUCGAUCUGAGAUUGGUUGGCGUGUUUGCGACAGAGAGCGGCGGCUUCCAAGACAUGGUAUGGGUGCCGUACCAGUCUGUGCUCCUGCGGGAUAUCAACACUCUGAUCACAAGGAGCUUUGAAGACGUGCGCGAAUGCGUUGCAUUGAACGCCUCCAAGCCGGAGAAUUCAUUCUGGCUCGCAAGAUACGAAGGAAACAGCAAGGUGUGCCAAUGGUUCUUCAACCUAGGGUUGUACGCAUACCCACCGCAUGCGCAAUCGUCGGGGAUGCCGUCUACCUGCGAGGUGCCUAGAGAGACCGGGAUGACGGUGGGCUUCACGGUCUGGCUCUUGAUGAACAGCACCGAACUCUCACGCACGCUGCAGGCAGACGUGGCCCCAACCAACCUGACGAUGCAGUCCUCACCCUUGGUUGGGGGAUGGCUGGACGGCGUAUCCGCCACGAUGUCGGCGGCAUUCGAGCGGGCGGUGUUGAAAUCCCGCUUGCUCAAUGUCAACAGCAGGGUACUUUCAGAGCUUCACAGCACGCAGUAUGCCAGGGAGUGGAGGAUCUACAUGCACAGCGCAAGAAAGAUCUACGAGAAUCUCGUCCCUGCCAACUACAUCCCAGUUCAGACAGUGCUUGUCAGGGACAGCCAAUCCUCACCCUAUGUGUUUCCCGACUGGCUGCAAAGGAUGGGGGUGUUCGACGAAGAGCGAACAGCGGAUGUGAGCGCAUUUCCCAUGCGGCGCUCGCUCCCAGUGCAGGCCGUGUCGGUGGAGAUGGUGUGCAUCAUCGAUUCACAGGCGCUGCAGAUGCCCGACAUCCUGACGGCACUGUCGGAUGCCAGCGCCGAGGUGGUUGGGGGAGGGAACAUCUCUGGCCUGUGGGGGAUGAACCUGUUUGUUCGGGACCUCGGGGCUCUUUGGAGCGAGCGAGUACAGCAACCUGUCAGAUACAGAAUGAAUCCAGAAGAGGUCUGUCGGAGAAUGACAAAGGAGUCUACCAAGAAGCUUCUGCGCCUACAAGAAUCCGGCCCUGCAUCCAGCCUCCGGAGGCUCGAGAGCGAGGCUGUCGUGCAUGUGAUCAACAGUGCGAGAUCUCAGGGCAUCGUCACAGGUACCUGCCGCCAGAUCCAUCCUGCCGACCUGCACACCCUCGUGCGCUGCAGGCUCACAUGCACGGAGAACUCCAUCACGACCAACCUAGGCACGGCGGUGAUCAAGGUUCCCAUACCCAUCCCGCAGUGCGAUGACAUGGAAUCCUUCAAGGCGCACGCCGGCAACAUCCUGCAUGCCAACAACACCAUAUUCGAGCAGUGCCAUCCAUUGCGGGAGGCCAUGCUCAAGCACAUCAAGGGUCUGCAUGUGGACAGCGCCCCAGAGGAAGAGGCGGAAGCCCUGGACGAGGCAGUGCCUUCGACGCUCUAUCAGAACCUGGUCUUCAAGUGCCAGAAGAAGAUAUCCGAGAGGGGUUCGGGAUGGGACGGCACAUCGCGCUUUGGCAACUGCAGGGUGUCGGCGAGGAACGUGGUGAGGGGGAACGUGUCCUCCGAGCUCAACUGGUCGACACAGGCCAGGGCGGUGAACGCGGUGAUGUCCAGCAUGCAGAAGCAGGGGUUGUCGAUUGUGCGGCACGAGAUGCGGUUCCGCAAGGGAAACCUGCUCUACUGCCUGGACACCCUCUACAUGCCCACCACUCCCGGCAACGGUGAGGUCCUCUCCGCACGGGUGGUGAAGAUGGAGGGCAACGAGACACCGUUCCAGUGGCAGAGGGACUUCGAUGCCGUCAACAGGCAGUUCAUCGAUGACGAUCACGGGAUGAAGCGGUAUGACGUGGCGAUGCAGCAGAGCGCAUCGAUACUCCGGCAUGCCAAGCAGGUCAGCAUCCGACACUUUGAGAAUCAGGUGUGCAGGAAGUUGUUGGAGAAGCGCGCGGUGCAGACGGAAGAGAGCAGGAGGCUUACGGCCAAGCACCACGGCGUCUACAUCCAGAACGAGGUGAUGAUGCAAAAAUUGAGGGACGAGCUGCAAGCGGAGAUGACACCCGAGGAGAAGGACGAGGCAUCCGCGUUCGUGGAAUCAUGCCUUGGUAGGAGGGGCAUAUCCCUGGUUUGCAGGAACGGCGGGAUCGUCAGGAGCCACUGCAAAAAUGCGGUGGAUAUCUCCACAGUGCAAGCGGAGGUAGAGAUGCACUACAUGGUAGACGCCCCCUGCAUCACCAAGGCGUUCGAGGGGAAGAGCAUUGACGUCAACCUCAAGAACAUAUGGAAGAUAGAGGCGCAUGGGCUCUGCCUUCUACCCCAGCCUGCCCUUGACAAAGGUCUGUGUCUUGCCACGAUCCCCAGUGCACAUGACAUAGGCAACCAAUGGGUCAAAGUACCAGAAUCUGCCAUCCUCUGCAUGGUGAAGCAUCGUGCUGUGCUCGUUCACCGUGACCACGAUGGAGGAUCUCGGAACCAUGCUAUCGACGAGGGUGUGUAUGUCGAGGAUGAUGCAAUCGUCGUCGUUUUGAUCUUGAAAUGUCCCGAUGAAGUCCUCCGGGAGACGUUGCGUGCUGCCAACCACCUCUCGCAGCACGAGGCUCUCAGGCACUCUGGAACGAACGCGGAUAUGCCGCCUGCGAAGAACAAGAAUGGAUUGAAUGACGAUGAUGAGAUCGAGAAGGAGAUCGAUAACGAUAUGGAGGAGGACGAGGGUGCGGAGAACGAGGAGGACAACGGUGACGAGCACAAGGAGAAGAAGGCUGGCAAGAAGGCUGGCAAGCAGGCGAAGUCUAAGGCAACGUCGGUCAAGGGCGCUGGCGUGAGCAAGAAGGCCAAGGAGCCAAAGCCCGCCAAACCAAGGCGCCCCUUUGCCAGGCUGGAGACAGAGGUGCUAGAGAAUAGGAAGGCAGUGCUCGAGGAGAGGAUCUCUGUUGCCAAGGCACAGAUCACCAUCAUGAGCAGCAAGCUACAAAAGUACGAGGAUGAGAAGCGCUUCAGAGAGGAGGCAGCAUAG